AUGGACAAAAAUGGAUCUCUCUAUGUCGUUGACUUUGCAAGAAACGAAGUGAGACGAUAUCGAAGAGGAGAAUCUCAAGGAACAGUGGUUGCAGGUGGUAAUGGAAGUGGAAAUCGUCUCGAUCAACUCUCUUACCCCGCAUUCGUAUUCUUCGAUCGAGAUCAUUCAGUCUACGUGUCAGAUUGGGACAAUCAUCGUGUGAUGAAAUGGGUGGAAGGUGCAAAAGAAGGUAUUGUCGUGGCUGGUGGUCAAGGACAUGGAAAUGGUCUUGCACAAUUGUAUAAUCCUCGAGGAGUCGUUGUCGAUCAAUUGGGCACUGUCUAUGUGGCUGAUCUAGAGAACAAUCGAAUCAUGCGCUGGCUCAAAGGAGCCACACAGGGCAAUGUCGUUAUUGGUGGAAACGGUGCAGGAGAACAAUUGAACCAGCUCAAUGGGCCCAUCGGUUUAUCAUUUGAUCGAUACAGCAAUCUCUAUGUCGUCGACCCUGGAAACAGUCGUGUUCGACGUUUUUCAAUCGAAUAG